AUGGAGGAUGAUCUAGCUAAACAAUGGGAAGGGCUCAGUCUCACUGAGAAGGAAACAGAGGAAGUAAUCCUGAAUAUAAACUCGUCUGAAGCAACUGAACAAUAUGGCAAGUUUUGCCUGCUGGGUAUGAUCAUUGCUGAGAAACCAGUAAAUCGAGAAGCUUUCAAGUCCACAAUGGCCAAGAUAUGGAGAUGUGAGAGCUGGUUCAAGUUCUCAGAAGUAGGUACGAACAAGUUCCUAGUUGAGUUCAAUAAAGAGGAAGACCUGCAGAAAGUUAUCAAGGGUAGACCCUGGUCCUUCGACAGAUGGCUACUAUGCUUGCAGGUAUUUGAAGGGAAUAGGUUCAUAAAUGAACUCCUUUUCAAUAAAGAGGAAUUCUGGGUGCAUGCAUACAAUAUGCCAUUCUCAAGCAUGACCUACGAAGUUGGAGUUCAGAUUGGUGGUUGUAUUGGUCGAGUGAUAACUAUCCAAGUGGAUGAUAGAGGGAUUGGUUGGGGGAAAUUCUUGAGAAUAAGGGUGGAAGUCAACAUAUCAGAAGCGUUGCUUAGGGGGGUGUUCUUAUCAUUUGCAGGCAAAAAGACUUGGGUUCCUCUCAAGUACGAGCGCCUUCCUACCUUUUGCUUUAAGUGUGGGGUUAUCAAGCAUGCCAAAUCAGGCUGCUCGGUAAGUUCACUUGGAGACAGCAAGUUGCAGUAUGGAGCAUGGCUGCGAGCCCCAGCAACAAAGGACAGCGAGGACCUUCACAAAACCUAUGGCAAUGUAGACACUCAGCAUUAUGCAGAAGGCAACGAAAAGGCUACUGAAAAGCUGCUUUCUCCUAGGCUGGCUACAGAAACACUCCAGAAGCCUAUUAAGGUCCAAGAAUUGGAGAAGAUAAAAACAAGAGCUAGCUGGAAAAGGAAAGCUAGGAACAAGCGCUUUGAAAGCCUUGUAGCUGGUCUUGAGGAGAACAAAGCAAAAAGCCCAUUUGGUAACAAGAGAGUUAUUACUAGAUUGAUAGCAGAAGGGGCAGUACAUGCUUUGAAGAAAGCAAAACAUGGGGCUUCUCCUGUGAAUUAUCCUGGCAGAAUUGAUAUGGUGGAGGUUGUGGAUCAGCCCCACCAUUUACCAUGA